AUGGAGAGAGAUUUCGGUAACUCUCGAUUUAUCGCGUUACGUCGUUUUUAUACGUUGCAACGAAAAUUUACGAAAAAUCCGGAACUUGAACAAGAAUACAAGCGCGUGAUGAACGAAUACGUAGAACUCGGUCACAUGUCGCUCAUUCUUGACGAAACGGAGGGCGGCGGCGGCUGUUAUCUCCCUCACCACGCGGUUUGUAAGAUCUCGAGUGCGACAACCAAGGUACGUGUAGUUUUCGACGCAUCGGCAAAAAGUAAUAAGGGCAUAUCGUUAAAUGACGCGCUGAUGGUCGGCCCCACCAUCCAAAACAAACUUUUUGAACACUUGGUACGAUUUCGAAUUCAUAAAUAUGUAAUUACCGCCGAUAUCGAGAAGAUGUACCGUCAAAUCUGGGUACAUCCGGACGACCGCAAAUAUCAAAAAAUUUUCUGGUAUCACGAAAAUAGCAUACGCUCCUUUCAAUUAAACACAGUAACGUUCGGCGUGUCCUCGGCCCCGUUUCUUGCAAUACGAACUAUACAACGCCUCGCGGACGAUGAACGGGAAGAUUUUCCGAUCGGGGCGGCGGUACUAAAACGAGAUUUGUACGUAGACGAUCUAAUAACCGGGGCGAACGACUACGAAGAAAUUAUUCGAAUUCGUGACGAAACUACAAACAUCUUGCAAAAGGGUGGUUUUAACAUAAGACAGUGGGCGUCGAAUCAUCCGCGAUCCCUUCAAGAUCUAGACAAAAGGGCCGUCCAGGUAAAAUUUUUAACAAACGAAGAUCCAAUACUAAAGACAUUAGGUAUUACGUGGAACGCGCAACGUGACGAAUUAUUGUAUGUCGUAAAUCCGAUAAAGUCUGUGAGUCACGUCUCCAAACGACAUAUUUUAUCAGAAAUCGCGAAAAUCUUCGAUCCGCUCGGACUUAUCGGACCAAUAAUACUCGCGUCCAAAAUUUUAAUGCAAGAAUGCUGGAAGGCGAAAGUCUCAUGGGACGAAUCCGUGACGAGCGCGUUACACUCGUCGUGGUCAUCGUUCGCGGAACAGAUCGAACUGAUAGAUCAUUUGAUAGUGCCCCGCCGUCUGAUAAUUGAUAAACCCAUCGAAAUUCAAAUUCACGGAUUCUGCGACGCUAGUAGAGUCGGUUACGGAGCUUGCAUUUAUAUACGUUCUCGUGACAAGCACAAUCGCAUACUUGUAAGAUUAUGCUGCACAAAGACACGCGUCGCCCCACUCAAAGAUACCACGAUUCCUCGGUUAGAACUAUGCGGAGCAUUAACGCUAGCGCGGCUAUAUAAGGAAGUGUCAAACGUUUAUACCUUCGCGUCAGAUAAGAUCGUAUUCUGGAGCGACUCUAUGAUCGUGUUACAUUGGCUAAAAAAGUCGCCAAGUCUCUUGAAAACAUUUGAAGCGAAUCGCGUUGGAGAAAUCCAAGAAAUAACGAAAGAGUUCGAAUGGCGACACGUAAGAGCGGAACACAAUCCGGCCGACGCGUUAUCCCGAGGUCAAUUACCCAGAGAAUUCUUGCGAAACGAAUCGUGGUUCGACGGUCCAGUAUGGCUUAGACAGCCCGAAACGGCUUGGCCAAUUUCCAUUGAAAUUCCAAUUAAAGAGCUACCCGGACUAAAGAAAACAUUAUGUCUAUUAUCGCCCGUUGAAUCAAACAACAUUUUUUUGCGAUAUUCAUCAUAUACGCGAUUGAUUCGCGUUAUCGCGUACUGUUUACGAUUGCUGCCUUCGAAUAAAAACAAAGGUACGCUUACAAUUCAAGAAUUAACCGAAGCCGAAAUUCGAAUUCUAAAAAUUAUCCAAGGAACUCAAUUCAAGGAUGACAUCGAUCGCAUAUCAAAAUCCGAAAGGGUAAAGGGCACGAGAUUAGCGGCUCUGAAUCCUAUCAUCGACGAAUCAGGCUUGCUUCGCGUCGGCGGCAGGCUGCGAAAUGCGGAGAUUCCUCAUUCGCAAAGACAUCCGAUUCUUCUACCCUCCCAUAAUCAUGUCACAGAUUUAAUUAUAAAGGAGACCCAUAACAAAAAUUUUCAUUCGGGUAUACAGACGACGCUGUAUACCAUUCGUCACCGAUUCUGGCUGCUUGACGGAAAGAAUCAGGUACGCCGUAUCGUGAGACGAUGCACGAGAUGCAUUCGAUUCCAUGCGAAUCCCGUAGAAUAUAGGAUGGCAGAUUUGCCAAAAUGCCGAUUUCAGGAGGCAGCGGCUUUUUAUCACACCGGGAUUGAUUUCUUCGGCCCUAUAUUUAUAAAAGAAAAGAAACAGCGAAAUUGUGGCCGCAUCAAGGUGUACGGUUGCGUAUUCGUUUGUAUGUCGACGAAGGCCGUGCAUAUCGAAAUCGUAAGCGACUUAUCAACGGAAGCGUUUCUCGCGGCACUUAAAAGAUUCGUAGGACGUAGAGCCAUUCCCGCAAAUAUCUAUUCAGAUAACGGGACAAAUUUCGUAGGCGCAAAAAAUCAACUUCCCGAGUGGUACGCGCUAUACGAAUCCGAGGAAUUUAGAUCCCGAGUUAACGACUUUGCCACAAGCAAAAAAAUUGCAUGGCAUUUUAAUCCGCCCCUCUCACUUCACUUCGGAGGGAUAUGGGAGGCGGCAGUCAAAUCCUUCAAGCACCAUUUCAAAAGGGUUGCAGGAGAUUUGAUGUUCACCUACGAGGAACUAAACACGUUGGCCAUUGAAAUCGAGGCCAUACUUAACUCGCGACCUUUGUGUCCAAUUUCGUCAGAUCCGAACGAUCCACUUGCAUUAACACCGGCACAUUUGUUGGCCCGUCAAGAUUUCUGGCCGAGAUGGCACGUGGAAUAUCUAAACGAACUGCAGAAACGGCAGAAAUGGACCGGAACGAACGACGGUCUGCAAAAGGACGAUAUCGUUAUUUUAAUCGACAAAAACCAACCUUGCACGCGGUGGCAGCUGGGACGGAUCGUGGAGACUCAUCCAGGAGACGACGGUGUGGUCAGGGUGGCGACCGUCAAAACAACUCAAGGGACAUUCAAACGAAAUGCGAAAACCCUUUGUCCACUCACAAGCGCAGCUCAUUCAUCGACGAGCGUAGAUUAA